AAAGGCAGGCCAGUCAGCUGAGGAGCGUGGUGGAGGGAGUGUGUGCCACGAAAGGAUGUAACCAUUCCCGUCCACCUAUGUUGGCCAGCCUCAGUCUCCUGGCUCUGAUGUGCGCUGAGUGCUUGGAGUGGCAAUGACAACUAUCAGGGGAGGCGUGAAGGACCGCAUCAUCCAUGAAAUCGGGAGAGCCAUCAAGCAGGCUCAGCUGGAAUGGUGUGGCGUUGGGUGUGUGAGAGCAUGCACAGGGCGGUGGCUGGUGCUAAGUCUCGAUGCCGCCCUCCUCCAUGGCCUUCGCUCCCUUGGCCACGGCUACUGGCCUGUGGUUUCUACAUUGCUUGACCGACCCUCCCUGAGCACCAUCACCUCCCUCCCCUAUGCCACCAAGCCACUCACCAGAGGUCGGUCCUGGAUCUGUCUCUGCCUCAAUGAAGGGCAGCUUGAGAACUACAUACAUGUGCUCACAUCCCACACUGGGCUGCUGGCUGCCCACUAUGAGGCUCAUGGCUUGCUGCGGGACCCCCACCGUGCCCACCUCCUGCUCAUGCUCACAGCUGGCCUGGAGCACCUCAAGUUUGCUAUACCCAUGGAUGUGCCCGGAUGGAUGCAGGCAGAGGGGAGCCUUGGCAGCUCCUCUGGAACAAGUAUGAACUCAAUGAGCAUUUCCCUGACCAGCAUGGGCUCCUCCCUUCCCUCCCCUUCACUGCAGGACCCCCUUGAUCUGGAUACCACAUGUUCUGAAGCUCUUGAGGAGAAUUGGCUUUCUGUUGAAGGAGAGGCUCCGGUCUCUUAUCCAACAUGUGAGGACUUGGAUACAUCCAUUCACAUUGAACACAUUCCCAAGGUGUCAAGAAGAAAGAGACAGAGUAGGUCCUCCUCGCAGAACUCUUCAGGUGGCACCACACCUGUCACUUCCACACCUGUCAGCUCAGAGAGGAAGAAGGAACAUGAACUCCAAGGGAGCACUGGAGGCUCUCUUGGUGGUGGGGCAAAUGUACCACUGGAUGAUAGGACUGAAGCACCUCGGUCUGGUGGGGAAAACUGUGAUAAUUAUUGUAAGGAAGGUGAUAGUGCUGCAAGAAACAAAGAAAAUACAAAAGGCUGUUCUAGACUUACGGCAGAUAAUGUACAGACACAAGGUUGUGGGGAAAAAUUUACAUCAGUGGAUGAUACCCAGUCAAGUCAUGUGGAGACAAAGAGCACCAAGGAAAGUAAAUGUGGAGGACAAGAGAAUGACCACACUAGAGUAGAACCCAAGGUUGUCCUUCGGCAGAAUGUGUCCUCCACCAAGAACAGUGAGAAGCGGGUCUCUUUCACAGACACCUUGGAGACCGAGUCAAACAACAAAACCAUGCACAAACGACUAAGUUUGUGCAGCAGCUCAGGGAAAGGCAUGGAGAUCCGGGACCUGAGUGACCUGAAGGAGCUACUGUCCAGCCUCAAGGUUCAGGGGAUGCUGCCCAUGACUCUGUCCUUGGAUGAACUUUUCUCUUCCUUUGACCAGUCCAGUCCUGUAUUGAGUGAGCGAGCUCCUCCAGAAGGCCAGGAAGACCCUCCAUUGCACCAAUCCAUCACCAGCCUUUUCCAGAACAAUAACAAUAACAACAGUGUCAGUGAUGACAGUAACAACAACAAUGCCAGUGAUGUGCCCACAGGGGAGGCCUUGGACAGUGAGCAGGAAAAGAAAGCAACACAAGAGAGAGAGCCUCAGGUUGGCUGUUUCUCCCAUCACAGUGAUAUCAUUGAUGGGGUACGGUGGGAAGAGCUGACUAAGAUAGGCCAGGAGAUGCUGAAGGAAGGAUGCCAGGAAGAUGGAAAGAUAGGAAAAGAGGCACUAAUAUCCCGGAUAUACCAAGAUUACAAGGCAGGUGACUUGCAGAGACCAACAGGCACAAGACCGAAAAGAAGACAGGACUAUCUUAACCAAAGUGACAUUCAGACGUGGCAGACAGGCAGCAAAAACUCCAGCCUGCAGAGGUUUCCCAAGCGAAGAGGCUGCUACUCCAAGACACAUCAUGCAAAUUUGGCUGACCGGAGGCGGCUGUACAAACAGUUCUAUAAGGAAGAAAAGAGAUGGCCCAGUCUUCAUAUUCCUGCUAAAGUGGACCCAUCUGCUUUCAAGGAAGAGGAGGAGCAACUUGCUCUUGAAGUAGCACAGGGCCAGUCUAACCUCACACUUCCAGGGACUCAGGUGGAUCCCUUGAGUAAACAAAGGUUCAGUAAUCAUCUGUUUACUUCUGAAGAGGAAAAAUUUUAUAGGAUGUUCAGCUUGAGAGAAGGCCACAGUACAGGACAGAGCGUUGGGGUACAAGUAGUUCUAUCUUCUCAUGCUCUCUAUGUUGUUGCACCGCUGCCAAGAGGAGCAAAGCCUCGCCACACUCUGAAAUACACAGACAUCCACACUAUCAUCGUGGGAGCAAAUGAUCUCUGGGUUUGUGUCCUGAGUAAGGAAGCAAUGCGGAAAGAUUUCUCUGUUACGGGAGUGUUUCCUGGUGUCCAGCUGGAGGUUGGAGAUCCUGAUGUUACUCAUAGCCUUAUGAAUUCCUUGGAGCUUGCCAUCCGGCGCCAUUUCCUCUCAGGAAAGCUAGGUAUGAGACCAAUGCCAGCUCCACCAUUGGAGAAAGACUUGAAACCUUCCACAAGGAAAGGCUUUCUUCAAGAAUUCACUAGGGAGUGUGUUGAUAACUUCUCCAAUUCCCUCUUAGAGGAAUCCCUCCUUAAUGCAUGGGAUUCUAGGAAAUCUGUUGAUGUUAGUCAGGAGUCCUCUGAGAGUAGUGAAGCAUCCCCCGCAGUUACUCCAGGAUCUGCCCAUUCUAGUCAAGAGUCAACUGAUGCCAGCCAGUUAUCAACAGACAUCAGUGAUAUGUCCAAUGACACCAGUCAGUCUGAGGCAAGCCACACAUCUGGUGAGCUAAGCAGAGCAUCAUCUGAUGCUAGUCAAAUAUCCAAUGAUAUUAGUCAUUUAUCAUCAGACGUCAUUCUAGGUUCCACAGACUCAAGUCGACAUGCUUCAGACUUAAGUAAUUCAUUAUCAGAUGAAACUCCCACUUCAUCAGACAUGGUCCAGUCACUGUCAAGUAUCAGUGAUGCAUCUCUGAACAUGAGCCAAACCUCUGGGCAUGAGGAACCCGAGUCCUGCGACACAAGCCAGAGGUCUGGGGGCACCAUCAAGGGGUCCACUGAGAUGGAGCACACUCAUCCUGUGGAGUUGGAGCUGCAGAAGCAAAACCAAUUUUAUUCCUUUGUUGGAGGAUACUCUCGCUGGAAUGGAGCUUAUCUAGAGCAGAGCCUCCCAGCAGUGGUGGUGCAUCCUGCCUGGGAACUGUCAGGACUCAGCAGGUGGCUGAAGUCAAGGCUUCGUCUCCAGGAGUCUCCUGAAGUGGUUGGUUACUGGCUGGUGGACUGGGAGGAUGGCAGCAGCCUUGGGGGAGGUGACUCAGUGUAUGGCCCUCUUGGUCCCACCAAGGAAGGCUCCCUUAUGUUUAAGCCUCCUGGCCUUCUGAUGCCCUGGAGGCCUGCCUAUUUCAUACUCAAAGCUGGAGUGCUGUACCAGUUCAAUGAUGCUCGGGAGAGGCUGCCCCAUAUGAUAGUGGAGGUGGUGCAGUGUGUUGGGUGUGUGCGUCUCUCCUCAAGUCAGCGACCACAUGCCUUCCAGCUGCUGAGGAAGAAAGAAGCUCCCUUAAUGUUGGCAGCCUCUGAUGAACACCAGGCCUCCCUGUGGCUCCAGGCUUUCCUCACCAUCAUCAACAGUGGUGUGCGAGACAUCAGCGAAAGGACACAGAUGCCGUGCCGUGUGGUCCUGCUGGAGUCUGGGGUGUUGUUGGCACAGCAGUCAGAUCUGUUCCUUGGGCCACCCCCUAAGCCUGAUUCCAAUAGCAGUGAGAAAGACAGCUCUGUUACCACCUCUCAGCAGCUUCUUGAUUCUUCUCCCAGCUCACAGCCUCCUCAGGUUCAGCUCCCUACUGAAAAGAAAGAACCAGACAAACCAAAGAACAUGCACCUUCUUCACAUCAAAGAACGUAAACCCCUAAGCUCUUCUUUAACCUCCUUGAACCAUGUCAGUGGCACAUCAUCAGUUCCUGGUAGUCCUGUUCGCCGCAUUUCUCGUGGGGAGAAGUGUUUGUCUCCAGCACGCAAAAGUCUUCAUCUCCGCCAGAACAGUCUCUCAAGACUUCUGGACUUGGAAGCAGCUAGUGAGAGGCAACAUAACAUUGAAAAACCACCACCACCAUCUCCUCAGAGGAAGUUAUCGAUACAGAACAUCCCAGUUGAGAAAAUGAGAGAGGAAGAAAAACUCCACCAUACUGAAAGCUUUAGAUACACUGGAGAAGUGAAGGUUUUGACAAUAAGUGCGCUGGAGCAUUUGUCUUCUGUCUCAAUCUAUGCUGAAUGCCCCACUACUUGCCUCUUGGAGUUUGAGUGCAGUGAAGCUGGAGAGAUUUCCGGAGACUGGGCACUUUACUUCCGCUCCAGAGGACAGCUGCAACAGUUCCUGGCUUCAUUGGCCAACACCUGGCAGUCCUGCUCUGAGGUUGAGUUUCCCCUGCGGCGGGUGGAAGAUGCAGGUGUCCAGCAGUUCCUCUUGGAAGGUUCACAGAUAUCCAGCAAUGGAUGGUCUCUCCUGCAUUUGUAAGGCUGUGGUGUGUGGAGGCCACUCACCAUUACUCCAGGAAGGGAAGCCUUGAUGUGCAUCCUGCUUACAUCCACUGACACCGAGGUGGAGGUGGCUGUUUGUGGGCUUGUGGGAUUUUUUUAUUUAUUUUUUUUUCCCUCUUAAUAAUUGAGUAUAGUCAGAUGUGUUAAGAAAUUUCUGAAAACUAGAUGAUUGUAAGAUAUACAUUAAUACUCAUCAACUUAAAAGAGUGUAUCUUGUUAGGACAUUAACCUCUAGUCAUGUGACAAUACAGAGCUUUAAAAAGUUUAUUCCUUUGUGCAUUGUUGUAGGAGGAAAGGCAUAUAAUAUGGAUAAUUUUGCAGCUGCUGAGUGUAGAAGAUGGAAUUUCUCAUUUACUUAAAUUAAAACAUGUUUAUAUAGCUGUAACAUGCUUUCAGGUAUUUUCAUGGAUAUAUUAAGAUAGGUGUUUUAUAGUAACUAGAAAUAACGAAGAAUACUAGGUGUGCUGCACCUUAGCUGGAAACACAGGAGCCACCAAGCUAUGGAGAGGACACCAGCACAACACCACCUGCUUGACAGGACUGAGGAGCAAGUGCCUCAGACUCCUUAUUUCCUGAUGAAGAUUUUGUUAUUCAUAUAUAUUGAUUUGUGUAAUUUUGAUAGUGUGGUUUAGAAUUAAAUGUUCAUUUUUUUAAGCUGCAUGUAGCGUGCACACAGUGGUACUGCAGGGUGUUCUGCACUUCACUUGUGUGUGAGCUUUCAAAUACAGUUCUGCUGUGGAAUGCUGGUUACAGUAUUUCUCUUUGAUGUUUUACACUUAUUUUAUGCAGCAGCAUUUUUAUCUACCUAAUAUGAUACUUGAGAUAACUACAGGGUGUUGGUGGCACAUUGGCUGAUGCAAUACUUGUAUAAUGUACCCAUCCUGCCACCUAGAAUUCUCCUCUAAACAUUCGCAGUCUGUGAACUUGUAACUAUUGUAAGGUGCAUUACCAGACAUCAUUUGCAUUGUGUAUGUUUAUGUUAUUAAUAGAAAAUGCAUUAUUUAAACUUUGAAGCAUUUCUAACAGUCAGUCAUGUCUUGAUGACAGAUAGGCAGUAUUAUUUAUGAGGGUGAAUAUAGAGAGGGUGCUGAAGGGUGUUGUUCAUGUUCCCAGAGGAAAAGUCACAGCUCCUUCCAGGGUCGAGAUCCAUUGUCAUGUUUCUAUCUGAAGGUGCUGGAGAGGCUGUUGUUUCCAUGAGCGCUGUCAUCCUGAGUGGCUUGGGACUGAGAGGGAUGCUGUUCCCUUGUUCAGGGACAUGGAAAUUGUGCUGAGUCAGAAGAUAUUAUUUAUUUACCAAAUGUUAGUUGUCAAGAGUUAUUUAUUGAAUCCAAUCUAUGCAUUACAUAUUUUGAAAUGUGUCUUUAUUAAUUAUGUUUAUAAAUUUUAUAUGAUCACAGGUAAUAUUUAAAAUUCAGGUAUGAGUAUGUGUGCCUGAAGUCGUGAUACGGCUGUAAGUAUUACUGUAAAUUAGAUAUCUUAUUUCCCAUUGUAAAUAUAAUAUACAAAGAACAUUAUCUGUAAUGAAUGAUGAAUUGAAAUAUUUAUCAUAAUGUUGUGGCCUUAACAACUUGCCGUGAUAAUGUAUAAACCACUCUAUGGCAACAAUAUUGGCCGCUGCCUUUGUUUUCUUGCAGGAAAGAAAAGUUUCAAAAUUGUAGCAUUCCAUGUAUGUUGUAUAUCUUGCCAGCAGCAAAAAAUUCCUGCCCUUCAUUAGUAUGGAUAUGUGACUUUGUAUAGGCUUAAGGUGUUGCACACAUUUCUUUGAUCAGUGCUGAAUGUGAGGAUCUUGGGAAUACAUUGACAGCCAAGAGAACAAAUAUUGUGACUCUGAAGGAUUAUAUCAGAAUCCUGGUAGUCUCAUGGACUGGUAAGUUUCUUGCAUGGCCUUGCCAGGACACACGUGAUGUGAUACUAAUAGCUUCUUUGGUGGCAUCCCAGGAGGGAUCUUCAUCACUUUGUACUUUCAUAUUGGAGGUCACAUCCCUUCCUUACUGAUCACAAGGCUUCACUCAUUUCCUGGUGUUUGAAGAAAUUUUACAUAGUACAUCUCAACAAAUCCACAAUUUUUUCUGUCUUCAGAUUCUAUUGUGUACCUCAGGGCUUCCAUGGAGUUGCAAAUCUUUUACCGUAGAAUUCAACUAGUGACAUUUUAGAUAUUCUCAAAAUUUAUUAAGGUCUUUUCCCAAAUCAUACUUUUGUAGAUGAUUCUAAGGGCAGUAAAAUAUGGAAAGUCAUGCAGAGCUGGAAAGGUGGUGUUUACCAUGAAUGUUUACCAAACUUUAUUUCACACAAGAUACUUGUGAGCAAUUUGUCAGUCUUGAUAUCGUAAAAUCUCACACCAGUUAGCAAAGGCUGAGGCUCAGUACUGUUCAAAAUCUCCAGACAUUUUCUAAUAAGCUGUACAUCUAUCAUCUACUCAAAAUAAAUAGUUGCAGGAUAUUUACAUUUGGUUUCUGUCACAUAAUGAGAGGAAGUAAGUUGUCACUCGUGGUCUUACAAAUUGAAAUAAGAAAUAAUUUUUAAGCUUCCUUGGUAUCAUAAAACCUUGCCUUAUGGUCAGUAAGUGAAAGUGAAGUAGUUUAAUUUGUGCAGUUCAUAGUCAUUCUAAGUCCCAAGAGUAUUGCUGUAAGUCCUUCACCAUCAUGGUUCCUUUUGUCUCCAUGUUCCACAAAGUUUUGUUGUCCCAUUGCAAGAUACCAAUUUUUGUACACAUUUUAGCCUAAUGAAUAGACUACACCUUUAACUCUCCAAAGUAUUCCAGUUUCAUCUCAUUUUCUUUAUAUCCAAAAUACAUUAACCAUUAUUCUGUUGCACUCAUGGUAUCAAUAAUUUAAUGUUAGGUCAAUGCUUUGUUUUUUCCUUGUACAGUCAUUACUUUUCUCUUUAUUCCUGUCUACAUCCAUGUCAUGUAAAUCUGUAUUCAUUAUUGUUCUUACAUCUCAGUGUCCAUCAUUCAGCCAUUUUUUUUUUUUUUUUUAUCUGUCAGAUUCUCAAAGGUUUAUAUCAUGUAUUUUCAUUAUGCCAGAAUACCAUACAAGCACCUUGUUGUAUUUAUUUAUGAAAAGAUUGCCUGUAAUAUUUAUAUAACACACACACACACACAUAUAUAUAUAUAUAUAUAUAUAUAUAUAUAUAUAUAUAUAUAUAUAUAUAUAUAUAUUAGAUCACCAAACAAGUCUGGACAGCAUAAUGUAAAGAAAAUUAAAAAUUGUACUGAGCUAAGGAGCUUUGUUUGACAUGUAUUUUAUUUAUUUAUCAUUAUUUUUUUAUUAUUCUUAUUUUCUUAAAUGUUCUUUCUUCACUUGAUGUUGCAGUAAAGGUGUCUUCAAGAAUCCCAUUAGAUAUGUUUGUGUCUAUUGUAAGCUGUACAGUUUACAAGUUACAUUUUGAGGAGGAGGAUUUUUGUCCAUUGUAUGUAAUAAUGGGAGUAAUAUCAAUGGUCUUUCAAGGCCAUCAAGAGUGUUUGUUUAUGAAGAUUUUAUAGUUUACAUCUAUUACAUUAGAGAUUAAAUGAAAGGCCUGUACAGUAAUAGUUUUACUGGAGUUGCAUGUUCAUUGAAACACAAAUUUCAUUCCAUCUGAAAAUGCAACAUGAUUAACAUAUGUUACCAUAUGUUACUUGUAUCAUAAUAGUAAGGAAGGGAAAUAUGGAGGAUGUGUUAAUGCACCUGAAGAAGGAAAUAUUGAUGUGUUGGGCAAGUACAGAUGGCAUGGAAGAGGUGAAAGUAGGGAAAAGGUAAGAAAAUGUUUUGUAUAUUAUAUGAGGAAAUAUUUUACAGAUUUGCAUUAUGGUAUAUAAUGGUAUCUUUUAAGGGGAAUAAUUAAAUGAAAAACUUUCCUCAGACUUAGGAAUCAGAAUGUGCAGGCCAGUGCCUGUCUAAGUGUGAGACUAAUUUGAUAUAAGGAAAACUAAUGCCUUUUAGAUUUUUAUAUUUCCUCAUUGGCUACCAAAGAAAAAAAAAAGGAAAAUGCUACACAUAAUUUUAAUUCCGUGAUGGAAUUCAUGGCACCACUAUUACUACAUGUAUAAGGCGUGUCACAGCCUACAGCAGUGAGCAGCUCAGUAUGUGGUGCAGUGCCAGGUGCAACUAUGACAUAUAUUAAAUUACUGGUAGUGUGAUGAGAUUUAUUCCUCCACUCCUUAGAAGACCAGACUUAGGUGUUAGUUAAUGCUUGUGAAUGUACGAGGAUGUGUGUAGACCCACUUAUCUCAGCUGACCUCCUUCAAAAGAUGUCAUUGUAAUAUAUGUCUGUAGACUAUUUAUGUAUUUAUAUGUGUUCUUAUUUAUAGAUUAAAAUUUUACUUGCUUUUUAAAGAAUUACAUAUGUAGAAAGAACUUACAAAUCAACUGGUUGGCAAAUAUCUCUUUACAUUAAAUGUAGAGAUAUUUGAUAACUUGCUGUGAUGCAGGUAUAGUGGACACUGACUUUUAUAUAACUGAGAUAAUCCAUAAACAUUUAAAUUAUGCAGAGAGAUAUUUGAAAACUUCCCAUUAUCAUCAAGCUUGAAAAUGUAUCCAAAGAAUUUAUAGGACUGAGCAUUGCUUUGAUUGAUCCAUGUGGCUAAAUGCAUUUUAUUCAACAUUCAAGUUACCAAUUUUAUAUAUAUUUGCUAUAAGAUUCAUGCAGCUCCUUUUGGUAAGCAGCAUCAGUCUCUUUCUUUUCUUUUUCAACCUCCUCAUCAUCCUCAUUGCCAUAUCAUCAUUAACUAAACACAAAAGGACCUUUAGUUGAAAGUCAGUUAGUGAAGAUCAUAUUUUCCAAUAGCAUGGACCACUGGCAAUGUAAUUUUGUGCCUUGAGUAUCAAUAUUCCUGAAGUCCCAAACAUAUCUGUUUAUAUAUAUGUAUCUAUCUCUCCAUCCACCCAUCUACUCAUGUCAUUUUAUCUCUAUAUCUGUCUAUCUAUCUAUCCAUUCAUCAGUCUGUAUGCAUCCAUCUGUAUAUCUGUGUAUAGUCCCAAGAGAAGAAUCUCUAUUCCUGGCCUUGAAUUCCUUCCUUGCAUGAUUUAAUCCACCUUUAUCCUCCUCUGAUCCCCUUCUAUCACUUACUGUAGCACUGUCCUUCCACUUCACACAUGUGGCUUCAAAGUGUUAAGGUCUUUGUGGGUUACUGAUUUUUUAUGACAUCAGUAAAGACAACUCAUACUCUUACUGUAUUCACCUAGAUCUUUAUUUAGUUUCAGAUGCAUGAGUUUUUAUUUGCAAUUUUCCAGCUGAUGUUGUAUGCCACAUUAGUUACCGACAUAGAGUAUAAGAUGAUUACAUACGUUUCCCACCAUUUAAACCAGAGAGUGGAUGAAACUUUUGAAGUACAUAGUAUGGAACACAAAUGUAGUGAAAAUUGAUAUAGUACUAUUAUGAUGCAUUUUUCAAGCUAUAAUAGAAAAAAAGAAGAAAUAAAAUCAUUUUAUAUAUUAUAGUGUUUGUUGUUCAGAGGAAAAUUUGUACUGCUUGAUAAACCUGAACUAAUGAUGUCAUGCAAACAAGUUUUUGUGAAACAGUGUAUGUAAAUGUGAAUUGAUUUGUUAUAUGCUGGCAGGUACACAACAUACUAUAUAUUUGAAAGCUAAAUGAAAUAUGUGAAUUGUUAUUUUCAUGAAUGUUUGCUUGUUGGAUUAUUUUCAGUCCUGUAUUUUCUUUUACUGUGGAAAUCAAGUUUACAUAGUCACUAACUCAAUCAUAAUUUCAUUAGAAAUUCUUCAUUAACCAUGAGGUUCAUUUCAUAACUUCAUAUUUCACCCCUCACUUGCCUCAUAUUGACUUGCAUUUCCCACCUUAGGUUUUAUGAUCAUGAACUGAUUGUGAAGAUUAACGUUGUCAGUAGAGAGUGUGGUAAUUUAAGUUUAUUUAUUUUUAUAACUUUGAUAACUAAGUUAAUGCAUAUUUCUAUACGAUAAUAUUCAAGAAAAUUUAUGGGACAGGCACAGGCAUAGCAUAAUGAAGGAUGCAGUGCACACAACUCAAGUUGUUGGACUAGAAGCUGCAACAAGGUACUUUAAUUUCAUUCUAAGUUUAUAGUGUUACUUCCUAAAACUGCAUCUUAGAGAAUGUAUAGCUAACCAUCACAUAUCUAAUAAUGAGUAUAAAGUACUACUUUGAAUAUAGUACCUACAUACCUAUUCUAUGUCUUGCAGUUGGCUUCUGUAAUAGACUGCAGGUAGAUGUAUGGAGAAGACUAACAGAGUCAGGAGGAAAGGUCCUUCCUGUGUCACAAUGUGUACAGUGUACUAUUAAGCUCUUGGCUAUAAAGGUACACUAUAACUAUAUGUAUCUUUGCUCUGUCCUCUUAGCCUAGAGUACCUGAGUAGUGAUAGGCAGGCUUGUAGAGUGUUAGAGUGUGUACCUAUAGUGUGGCAAAAAGACCAAAAUCCACCCAGCUUGUGGAUCACCUCAGAGGGCAUUGCUAACAUUUGGUUCACACAGGAACACCUGCAUUGCAUUGUUUACACCUAUAUGUAUGCUGCAAUGCUUUGUUACAUUAUACUGUUUUUUUAAGUAUUUUUGGAGACACUGGCCAGGUAUAGGCAGAAAGAAUGCCUCUGGGCUAGGAAUGAGGCUACCAUACAUACACUGUGUAGCCAGUUUUCAGUUAAUUGGAUGAUGUACAUUAAGAUAAUGACCAACAAUUGGUGCAAGUGAUGGUCAGACAGCCUCCCUACAGCCCUCCAUCACUCCUACCAGAGUGACACUUGUUCAUGUAUUACAUAUUCCCUAAUGUACAUAGGUAUGUGAUUAUAAUGUCUAUUUAUUAUAGUUAUGAACUUACUUCUGUAUGUGGAGGCAACUAAAAGAAAGCAUCAGGUGUGGCAUCUGUGUUGCUUGGUUACUGUGCUUCAUCUCAUGCUGAACAAACCUAACGAUUUGGCUUCAUAAGGAAUUCGCCUGUUUUGUAUUUGUAAUGCUACAUGUAUGAAUUACAUGAACCAUAAACAAGAAUGUGAUAACUCAAUGCACUCUACACUUGACAAGUCUUGAAAGUAACGCAUUUCCUAUGUAAAAAAGAUGAAUAGAAUUUUUAUAAAGGUGUUCUUAUUUAUGAGUGAUGUAUAUUACUAGAGGUGUAGUCUUUCUGAUGCAACAGAAAAUUGCUAGACUAAAAAGUCAUGUGCAGGAAGGAUACUCAUUGCAGGGUGAUUAAGAGCAGUAUCCUAUGUACUUUGGUUGAAGUCAUCUAAGAAUCUUGUAAUGGACGCACCUCAGCAUGUGUGGGAAGAAAUGUAAAACCGUAACGAAUAAAAGAAAGUUGUAGUAAAAAAAA